GCGUGGCCUCGCGCAGCCCCGCCCUCCUCGCCGGCGCCAGGGCAGGCGGGCGGCUGGCAGCUGUGGCGCCGACAUGGCUGCGCUGGUGGAGCCGCUGGGGCUGGAGCGGGACGUGUCCCGGGCGGUUGAGCUCCUCGAGCGGCUCCAGCGCAGCGGGGAGCUGCCGCCGCAGAAGCUGCAGGCCCUCCAGCGAGUUCUGCAGAGCCGCUUCUGCUCCGCUAUCCGAGAGGUGUAUGAGCAGCUUUAUGACACGCUGGACAUCACCGGCAGCGCCGAGAUCCGAGCCCAUGCCACAGCCAAGGCCACAGUGGCUGCCUUCACAGCCAGCGAGGGCCACGCACAUCCCAGGGUAGUGGAGCUACCCAAGACGGAUGAGGGCCUAGGCUUCAACAUCAUGGGUGGCAAAGAGCAAAACUCGCCCAUCUACAUCUCCCGGGUCAUCCCAGGGGGUGUGGCUGACCGCCAUGGAGGCCUCAAGCGUGGGGAUCAACUGUUGUCGGUGAACGGUGUGAGCGUUGAGGGUGAGCAGCAUGAGAAGGCGGUGGAGCUGCUGAAGGCGGCCCAGGGCUCGGUGAAGCUGGUUGUCCGUUACACACCGCGAGUGCUGGAGGAGAUGGAGGCCCGGUUCGAGAAGAUGCGCUCUGCCCGCCGGCGCCAACAGCAUCAGAGCUACUCGUCCUUGGAGUCUCGAGGUUGAAACCACAGAUCUGGACGUUCACGUGCACUCUCUUCUUGUACAGUAUUUAUUGUUCCUGGCACUUUAUUUAAAGAUAUUUGACCCUCA